AUGCUUCCAAAUGAGAUCGAUCCAUAUGAAUUCAAGUUCUUCAUAAAAGACAUACUGCCUCUGUCAGAAACAUACAGAUUGUUUAGGAACUCGAAGCUGCUGAAGGCAAGGGAAACUGUAAAGGCCAUUUCGAAGACAAACCAAGGGCUGAUUGUUCUAAUCCACAAGCCCAGAGAGACGAUAGUAUAUACACCAGAAAACAAGAUAACUUACUUCACAAAGAAAAGAAAGAAUAUGGCACCGAAGAAUGCAGUUACCCGGUUUCUGAAGGCAAAAAUGAUCGACUUUGUUAUCCUAAGAUUCGGGGGAUUCUACUGUUGCCUAUCCAGAUGGGAUAAGGACAUCUGCAGCUUUUGUAUUGUGGCAUGCAUAGGCGGAAGAGCAACAGAAAAAGCGCUUCUGAAUCCCUCGGAAAUAUUAGGGGAGGUGGAGGAGACUCCUCCCAUUGCCGGAAAAGGAGUGUUCAAGUUCAAGGAUUUGGACUUUUUCAGUGAUCCAAAAGCGUGCACGGAUCCUUCCCUCGAAGCCAAUGACAGCUCUGUCUCUGAAACUCUCUCCAGCAUCAAUGAUGUGAGGGUGAAUCCUAUUGAUUUUUCCCAGGAGAAAGACGACUUGAAAUGUGCAAAGGAAGACAGCACUCUCAGCAACGUAAAUGCAGUUCCUGGUGAAAAGAAGGGAAGCAAGAACUGUCUUAUCGAGAUAACGUCUGGAAACACCGAAAACGCUUCUUCAAAGCCGUACAAGGAGGUCAAGAACGACGAGGAGGGACUGAUUGACUACAUAGUAUCGAAGAUUACCAAGCUUGUGUGUGAGGACAUAAACACAGGCUGCUUACAGGAAAACAAGGGAAAAAGUAAGUCAUGGAAGAUAAUUGAGGAAGAUGAGGAAAGUGACUGCUCUAGUAAGGAGCCCGGGGAUGAUGUAGAGAACCAAGGCUCUUUCUGCCGCAUAAGGGUUUCUGAUGAAGAGCAAGGCAAGAGGAAUGCUAGCUCCAGCGGCAAAAGCCAGAUUGAGACCUCUAGGUGUGGCAACACUAUAAAAUUUGGAGUUAUCGAUGACGGAAAGCUAAGAUGUGUCCAAAAGAGUGUUGGGUUACUGUCCAUGGGGAAUUUUGACAGACUAGAGGCAUUUAUCAUCGGGAUAAUAGACCGCCUGAAAGAAACUAACAUCGACUACAUAGAGGUUUGCUCUGAAAUUGACUUCUUUAUUGUCAAAAAGAAGAGCUCCAUUUAUCUGUACAUUCGAGAUUUGAUACACAAAAAGGAAAGAAGAUUCAUGGAAAGAUUUAGUGAAAUGUUUGGAAGGCUUGGUACAGUGGCUUGA